AUGGCACGCCCAAAUACUUGCCCUAAGAAUGCAACCCAGCAUCCUGGUGAGAUUCUCCUCCAAAACAAGCAAAAAAGACGCACCGCUCGUGAAGUAAAGGAAGACAAGGAACAAAUGGAGCAGGAAAGGCAGGAGAACAAAGCUGCUGCACAGUGCAACACUGAGAGAAUUGCCUCUAUUGAAGAUAAGAUGACAUUGAAGGAGCUGAAAACUCUUAUGGAUGCACCUAAACCUUGGCCCCAUGCAUGUCCUAUACAAAAGAAGGCCAAACCAACCAUUGAGGAUGACGACGAGAUUGCAGAAGGCCCUAUUGAGAGCAAGGACAAUGAAAUCAUGGAUGUCACUACAGAUGAUGACAAUGGCGAUGAGGACCUGACAACGUGGUAUUUAAUUGAGAGUGAUGAAGAAAGCAUAGAAGUGUGGCCAAGGAAGAAGCAUUUACAGAAGAUGGCUUAUCGGGAGGCUGUCCAGGAUGUGCGAAGUGUUAAUAAUAAAGGUGGCAUUAAUCAGAACAAGUCAUCACAAGAUUCUGAAGAAUCACAUCAGAUUCAGAAGGUGAUCACACAAUUGCGGCACGUUGUAGGUACAACAAUUCUGCUGGGCUCUGCACAAUAA